CUCAACAGGAAGGAGCACAGAAGCUCAAACAAUGAAAAGCGCCUACUCUUUAGCUGGACUCCUGCUUCUCAUCAUCAUCCAAAGCAGCUGGCAGGUGCCAGACCAGGACACAGAUCGAAACUCCAUGUUACUUACUGAAAACUCCAUGUUGACCGAACCCAUUGAGCUCCCAUACAUGAAGAGACAUUCAGAGGGAACAUUUUCCAACGACUACAGUAAAUACCUGGAGACAAGAAGAGCUCAAGACUUUGUCCAGUGGCUAAAGAACUCAAAAAGAAACGAGAGUCUAUAUAGACGCCAUGCAGAUGGCACCUACACCAGUGACGUGAGCUCCUACCUGCAGGACCAGGCAGCCAAGGAGUUUGUGUCCUGGCUGAAGACUGGCCGAGGCAGGAGAGAGUAGACUCGACCACAGAGCCCCACCAGCUCCCUGAAUAAUGCAACAGUUCCCACCGACUCUGUGCCAUUAUAUGUGUCACAAUCUGUACUUGCCUUUUCCUUGGUCAUGCUAUUAAAUUCAAUAAGGAGCUCAGUCGGCCUUCAGUGGU